AUGUUGAUGAAAUUUGGACUUCCCAGUGCUGAGGCCUGGAGUAAAAAACCUGUCUUGGAGAGUCCAAUUCCUCCUAGCCCCUUCAGCAACCCAUACUUGACCCAAUUGUACGAGUUCACAAUGAGAGGGUCAACUCCAUUAACCAUUGCCGUCCUUUACUUCACCUCAGUGCAUCUCAUGAACAAAGUUGUUAGAAAUAGACAAGUUCGUAAACAACAGCAAUUGGAGGGGAAAUCAAACGAUACCAAAUCCCAAGCUAAAAAGAGGUUACCUGCUGCUCCUUACUCCGUAGCCACCACUUCACUUUUCAAAAUUUUUGUCAUUUUGCACAACGUCUUUUUAUGUGUUUACUCCGUAUGGACAUUUAUUGGAAUGACAACCACCAUCGCAUCAACGAUGGACAUUUUCAAAAUGGAGUUGAUUCCAUCAUUUUAUCAAAGCUUGAAGGUUGAAAACUAUACGUUGCAAAAAUUGGAUGUGUUUUUCCAAAGUGUUUGCGAUCCAAACAGUGGUAUUUUCUCAAGAGUAAUCACAUCAGCUCAGGGGUUGCACAAUUUGGAAAUUUUAGGAUUUUGGUUCUACAUUUCCAAGUUUUAUGAAGUUAUCGAUACUCUUGUCAUUCUUCUCAAGGGACGUCCAUCAUCGUUAUUGCAAAGUUAUCAUCAUGCUGGAGCAAUGAUGUGCAUGUGGGCAGGAGUAAGAUACCAAUCGCCACCAAUUUGGAUCUUUGUUGUCUUCAACUCAUUUAUCCAUUCGUUGAUGUAUUUCUACUUUACCUUGUCGUGCUUGCAUAUCAAAGUUCCCCAAGUGUUUAAGAAACUGUUGACUUCGAUGCAAAUCACUCAAUUUGUCCUUGGUGGAAGUAUCGCUGUUUUGCAUAGUUUUGUUUGGAUUGUGGACACAAGCAAGUUGGUUAGCCCUGAACAUAUGAAAUUGGUCAAUUGUAUCAGUACACCAGAAAAGGCAUUGCCAUUGUUGAUCAAUGUUGCGUAUUUGACACCAUUGACGGCUUUGUUUGCCGCUUUCUACAUUGAAAGUUAUUUCAAGACAAAGAGCAAGUAG